UUUCUGCUCGGUUAUUUUGCAGGCGUCUUGCUAGCGACUGUACUCCGAGCGACCCUGCUCCCCUGCGAUUCAAAGCUCCCUGAGCAAUAUGGCAGACAAGGCGGUUACUGUAAGAACCAGAAAGUUCAUGACCAACCGUCUGUUGUCAAGAAAACAAUUUAUCAUUGAUGUCCUUCAUCCUGGGAGGCCAAACGUGUCCAAGGCGGAGCUCAAGGAGAAGCUAGCAAGGAUGUAUGAUGUUAGAGACCCAAAUGCGAUUUUUGUCUUCAAGUUUAGAACUCACUUUGGAGGCGGGAAAUCAACUGGAUUUGGUUUAAUUUAUGAUUCUGUUGAAAAUGCAAAGAAGUAUGAGCCCAAGUACAGGCUUAUCAGGAAUGGACUCUCUACCAAGGUUGAGAAGUCAAGGAAGCAGGUUAAAGAGCGGAAGAAUCGUGCCAAGAAAAUCCGUGGAGUAAAGAAGACUAAGGCAUCUGAUGCUGCGAAGAAGAAAUGAGGUUUUAGAAUGCUUCUAUUGAUUUUGAUGUUAAGUCCCCUUUAGAAUCAAUGUUCCUCAAUAGCUAUAAUUUUGAAUAUUUUGGUAUUAUUGUUCUUUGCUUGCUAUUUUAGAUUGAGCACCGGAAGUGAACCUUUUUUGAGAAAUUAAUGCAAAACUUGCUCCCAAAUUUCAA